CUAAGAGCGGGCCAAGUAAUCGCACCAAUAGUGCAGAUUCUGCGCCGCAGCGAAUGGCUGGCGGAUUCGGGUAGCGUCCGAAGGAAAUCGCUAUUGAAGAAAGGGAAGGUUGUCGCAGCUUCUGGACUGCAUCUCAAUCCAGCACAACUACAAUUCUCCCGGAAGCUUGAAUGCCCUCAAGCACUGCAACACAAGAGAGACUGUUGGAGCGAGAAAGCGAAUAAGGAUGGCUUCGACGUCCGAGACACCUGCGCCUGUCUCGGGAAUAACGGAGGAAGCAAGUAGCGAGGCGGUCCCCGCACCUCAGACGUCGACUUCACCUCGUUCACCUCGUUCACCACGUGCGCCAGCAUCACCGUCUCAGUCGCAUCCACAAAGCCCAACUACAAAUCCCCAGGAGGCUUCUAGCGCGGAAGUACCAGAGCCGAAUGUCAUAGGUGUCGACCAAGAGUGGGUAGACGAUGCCGACUCAGCUCUUGGAGAUGAUGUCUCGACUUAUUCCGCAUCACUAACAAGCGAAGUCUGGAAACACUCUUAUGAGUAUGGAAGGAGGUAUCAUGCUUACAAAGACUCAUCAGAAUAUAUUCGGCCAAACGAUGAGGUUGAAGUUGAUCGACUAGACAUGAUGCAUCACAUUUUCAAAGUAAUGAAAGGCGGAAAGCUGUUUGAAGCUACCGUUCCAAAAACCGUUCAAAGAGUUCUUGAUGUAGGGUGUGGCACUGGAAUAUGGACAAUGGAUUUCGCCGAUGAAUAUCCGUCAGCGGAAGUACUCGGUGUUGACAUCUCCCCAAUCCAACCAAAUCUCGUCCCUCCAAACGUAAAAUUCGAGAUCGACGACAUAGAAGAAGAAUUUGCCCACCCUCAACCUUUCGAUUAUAUUCAUUGCCGAUACAUGGCUUAUGCCAUCAAAGACUGGCCCCGUCUUGUUCAACAAAUUUACAACCAUACUGCCCCAGGCGGCAUCGCUGAAUUCACAGACUACGAUUUGACGUAUCGGAGCGAUGAUGGCACACUUGAUGGCACCACGCUCAAAGCAUGGGGUGACGACAUGCCUCGGGCCGGGCGUAUGAUAGGUCGUGAACCUUGUCCAGGCCUCCAUCUCGAAACCUGGAUGCGUGAAGCAGGCUUCACCGACAUCAUGCACAAGGUAUACAAGAUCCCCAUCGGACCAUGGGCCUCCGAUAAACAUCACAAAUUAUUGGGAGCGUAUAACUUCGUGAUGCUGAAUCAAGGAGCUGAAGCGUUUUCGUUACGACUGUUUAUCAAUGUCUUGGGGUGGUCGUAUGAGGAGGUGCAAGUCCUGCUGGCGAAGGUUAAGAGGGAUUUGAAGGAUAGGACGAUUCAUGCUUAUACGGAGAUGCAUUGUGUUUGGGGGCAGAGGCCGGUUUGAGUAGGCGUAACUUACUUAGCAGAUGUGUUGCUAUCUUCAAGUCCAAGGUCGUGUUUUGAACUUAAUGCUUUGGAAGGGUCAAUGAGUGAAAAGCCCAAUUCGGAUUUGUCGGUGUUCUUCCCUCGCCUUAGUAUUGUAUAUCCUUGUCAACUUGGACGUUGGAUGUUAUUUGGGGGCCGUGGAAUGGUGAUUGGGAGCUGGAGAGAGAGUUUGGAGCAUGAUGUGGAGGUGGUCAGAUCUGGCUGCUGAUGAUAGUAAUUGUGAUUUGUGCUACGGUCAAGAU